AUGAUCCUCACAACAUGCGCCGCCUGCGCCGCCCCACUGGCCCACACCGCGCCGCGUUGUGUACGCUGUAAGACAAGAUAUUUAGUGUUUUAAUAGCCAGUUUCUUGGGAGGAAGUGAAUCCCCUAGCGCCAACUAUAGCUAUUGAUUUAGUUGAUUAUGCCCGUGUACUCUUCAGGAAGCCGCCGGCCUGGUCGUCCUAGCCGUGCGUUUCGCCUUGCUUACUUCGACGCGCGACCCAGGGCCGGUAUUUAGGCGGUGUACGAUGGGCGCUGCACGAGGGACGAGGCAGCACAGGAGGAAAGAGGAGGCAGCUGCGGCAUGCUAAGACAAGAUAUUGUAACGAGACUUGCCAGCAUGACCACUGGCGCCGCGGCCACAAGCAGAUUUGUAAAAGGAUUCACCGCGGCGGCAACGCAGAACAAUACUACGCCGACAAAAAAUACAAGGAGGCCGUCGCGGAGGCCGUCGAGAAAUGCGCCGACGACACGAAGGGCCAGACGUGCUACAUCUGCACGCAGGCCCUCCACUGGAAAACGAAGGAGGGUCUUGUGCGCGGGUGCUCGUGCCGCGGGACGGCGGGCUUCGCACACGUGUCGUGCUUGGCGGAGCAGGCGAAGAUUUUAUUCGCGGAGGCCGAGGAGAACAAUUUGGAGAGGCAGCCGAGGUGGAACCGGUGGCACACGUGCACUCUGUGCGAACAAAAUCACCAUGGCGUCGUGCGGUGCGCGCUCGGGUGGGCGUGCUGGAAGACAUACUUGGGGCGGCCAGAGACGGACAGGGCUCGGUGUUUUGCGAUGACGCAGCUUGGGAACGGUUUAUCCGCUGCAGGACACCACGAGGACGCUUUGUCCGUGAACGAGGCCGAGUUGUCUAUGAUGCGGCGCGUUGGCGCACCAGAAGAAGUCAUUCUCGGCACGCUGGGCAAUCUUGCGGGCACAUAUUGUGACCUUGGACGGCAAGAAUGUGCCCUGCGUAUAACACGAGAUAUAUAUCAAGGAUUCUUGAAGCUCAACGGCGAAGAAAGUGGAGACACCAUCUUGGCAUCCAUCAACUACGCGGCGUCGUUGGGCAACCUAAAUCGGUUCAACGAAGCCAAGUCGUCGCUGCGCAAAACGAUACCCGUGGCACGACGCGUUCUUGGCGAGAGUCAUCAACAAACACUCAGGAUGAGGAAAACUUACGCGAAGGCGCUUUUCCUAGACGACGGCGCGACGCUCGGUGAUCUCCGCAAGGCCGUAAUGACGCUCGCGGAGAUCGAACGGACCUCGCGGCGCGUGCUCGGUGGCGCGCACCCGCUCACAGUGGACAUUGAGGACCUCCUUCGAGACGCGAGAGUCAUCCUCCGCGCCCGCGAAACGCCGCCGACCAGUGCGUAA